AUGGGUUGUGAAAAUGUAUGUAUCCAAAUGUUGCACUUGUUGUUAUUUUUUGUUCUGAAUUCUGUGUUCUUCGAACAUGUUAAUGGAGAACGUGAAUGGGAUUAUUUCGUGUUUAGUCAAGAAUGGCCACCUACUUAUUGUUCUACUCAUACGUGUAAACUUCCUUACAAAUUCGACGAUUUCAAUAUUCAUGGACUAUGGCCAAGUAUAUGGCCAUAUGGUAUUCCGACAAACUGUUCAAACAAAACACCUUUUGAACUCGAAAACAUCAAGCCGAUUUAUGGUGAAUUACAGAAACAAUGGGCUAAUCUGAAUGACUUUGACAAUCCCGAAGAUUUCUGGGAACAUGAAUGGAGUAAACAUGGUGUUUGUGCCGCAAGUGAUGAUUCAUUUAUAUUAAAUGAAUUGGAUUAUUUCAAUGUUUCACUUGGGAUAAAAUUGAAAAUGAAUUUAAUGAGUCGUUUUGAUUCAAUCAAAAUUAAACCAAAUAAUUUGGUUACUUUAAAGCGUGAUGUAGUGCUUAAUCAAUUGAGGAGUUCCUUCGGUGUGAAUGUGUUAAUGGUUUGCUCUUUCCAAAACGAUAAACCAGCUAAAUUAUCUGAAAUUCGACUAUGUUUAAAUCCAUCAUUAGAAUUCAUUGAUUGUCCUAUAUCAGGAAAUAAAAAUGAUUAUCAACAAUUUUCAAAUAGUUUUUAUCAUCAAAACAUUUAUCAUAAUCCUGUUUGUAAAUCAUCGUUACCAUGGUUAUAUCAAUCUCCAAUUUGUUACAAUCAAUCAUCUAUUUUAUUAUUUUAUAAUGCACCAUGUUCAGAAGAAUUAAUAUUUCCAGAUUUUAAUUAA